GGACCUGUAAUAUAAAACAAUGAUGUGUAUACUCUGUGUACGUUUUACAUGUAAAUCUCGGCCAAAACUAACUAAUAAACAAAUAAAACAUUUAACCACAACUGUCAAAAUAAUGUAAUGGGGUAAAGAGUCAAAUGUUUCUGACCUGACAAACACACAGUGAUUACAGUGACUUCUUACUCAGAGAUGAGGUUUUUAUAUAUGCAAAAAAAUACAUGCAGAAGAAGAACCUCAUUUAUAUUCAACAUGUGAAUACAAAGAAACAAAUAGAAGAGGAAAUGUAGGUUGCAGAUAAGAUCUUAGAUAAACAAGUCAAUGAUUUGAAUGAAGAUAAUCAAACCAUAAAGCCAUUUGAGAUAUUGAAUGUGAAACCAUCACAGAAUGUGUUGACCAAAAUAAAAAAAGGGGAAGUUUCAAAAAGGUGAGUAAAUUACUCGGAAAGAGUUUUUUUUAAUAAACCCUUAAAUUCAGAGAAGUAGUCAGUCUUAAAGUAAAUGGGGACUGUGCUGGUCUCAGGACGGAGGAGAGAUAUCGAAAGGAAACAUUCAACUUCUGUGGGGCUUUAUUUUUUUUAAAGUUUUGUUUGUUUUUGCCUUAGGUUAACAAUUUUUUCUUCAGCUCGGCUUGUUGGAGAUUUGGCUGCACCUGCUCAUGGUCUCACUCUCCAUUCACACCAUCUGCAACAACAACAACCACACCAUGGUUCUGAACUGCAGCCUGAUAGAUGACGUGCUGGAGAAGUAUUAUUUGUCCCCUUUCUAUGCCAUUGAGUUCUGCAUCGGUUUUCCCGGCAACCUCUUGGUCGUGCUGGGCUAUGUGUUCUGCCUGCCCGUCUGGCAGAGCUGCAACAUCUACCUCUUCAACCUGGCAGUGUCCGACCUCAUUUUCCUCUGCACGCUGCCACGCCUCUCCUACCUCUAUGCAAACGACCAAACGACAACCAGUCCGUUCGCCUGCGUCAUCAACCGCUACGUCCUGCACGUCAACCUCUACUCCUCCAUCCUCUUCAUGGUGUGGCUCAGCAUGGACCGCUUCCUGCUCAUCAAGCAUCCGACGAGGGACCACUACCUGCUGAGGCCCCGGACGGCCCUGCUGGUGACGGGGCUGAGCUGGCUGGCCGUCAAUGUGGAGGUGGCUCCGAUGAUAGCGCUGAUGGUUCAGGACCUGCGGAGUGAAAACUUGAGUCGCUGCAUGGAUUUUGCCAGCCUGAAAGGAGACGUGGACCUGCUUGGAUACAGCCUGGGGCUCACCUUGACCGGUUACCUCCUUCCCCUGCUGGCACUGUGCGGUUUCUCCUACCAAAUCGCACGUCUGCUCCAUGCCCAAGAAAGGGCUCUGCAGCACAGGGCCACACCGUACAAGCGGACUCUCAGGGUCGUUGCCUCAGCGGCGGCCAUGUUUCUGGUUCUCUACACUCCGUACCACGUGCUGAGAAACAUUACGAUAGCGUCCCGGAAGCCCUGGGCCGGGGGGGAGCUCUGCACGCGGAUGUACGUGCAAGGCCUGUACAUCGUGACCCGACCGCUGGCCUUCAUGCACAGCGUCAUCAACCCCGUCUUCUACUUCCUCAUGGGUGACAAGUUCAGGCAGCUUCUGUUUGCCAAGCUCAGGAAGCUGCUCAUAAAGACAACAGGGCCAACACAACCAGCCUGACAAGGUCCCUGCGUGAAAAGGUAUCGCACGUCCACACAUGUGAAACAGCUCCAUCUUACAUUUCAUAUUUUAUUAAAAAUGUCGCUUAUAGGCUUUACUUUGUUUCAUUUUGUAUUAUUGUAAAUGUUUUCAUAGAUAGACAAAUCUAUCAAAAUAUUGUCAAACUGUGUUAUUAUUGUUGAUAUUGAGAGACUGUUAGGGGAGAGCGGGGUAAUGUGGGACAUCGGGUGAUGUGAAACACCUCCUGUAUCUAGGCAACGGAACACAUUUGUGGUCAUGUGACUAUUAUGUUUUCAAGCCCCUCCCAUUCCCCCCUUGCCAUGAAGGAGAAGUUGGUGCUGGUGCUGUGGAAAGUAUGUUUUUUCACAAAAAUGUGUUUUUUCCAUGUAAAAGUAAAUUUUCUUGCUUUGAACUUAAUCAACUGUUGUGUCAAAACAAAUUGAUUCAGGUGGAAAAACUUAUAUCGUACAUGUUGAUGAACUUCCAACAUAUAAAACCAUGUGAUUGAUGCUAGCUGAAGAUUAGCCUGAAUUGAUAAGAGACGUUGUUUUUCUAAAAUUGGGGCUUCGGGGUAAAAUGGGACAGUGUCUCACUUUACCCCACCAUGAAGCACAAGUUAAGUUUAGUCUUAAACAUAUUUUAAUGUUAUAUUACAUUAUAUAUGUUUUAUUUUUAAUGUCAUAAACAUUUUAGAAAAGCCAUCAUGCCAAGAAACUACACCAGGAAGACAACCUGGGGCCAAACACCCCUCGCAGAGAUGGAGAGUGCAGCCGCUGAGGUCAUGCAAGGAAAGAAGUCCUUAAGAAAAGCUGGAAGGGAUAGAAAUAUUGAUAAGACAACCCUCAAAAGAUUCAUAAAGAAAAAAGAGAAAGGGAAAGUAAAAUCAGUAGCCUGGGGUGCAGUAGCUGAGGUAAAGAGAAUAUUCACAGAUAAGAUGGAGGAGGAGCCAAACACUUGAAACAGCUAGCUGACCAGUUCCAUGGCCUUGCUCCAGUUAAGUGCCGUGAACUGGCAUUUGAAUACGCAGAGAAAAACAAUAUCCCUCUCCCUGCCAAUUGGACAGAGAAACAAUGUGCAGGUAAGCUAGGGAGUGCAAGAGAUCACAUGAAUCAUCAUAAUCAUAAAUGUGCUUAAUUGACCAAUCCCCAUGAUUCUGUUACUAGUCCAAUAUUAGUGGUUGUCAAUCUAGCUGUCGGGAUUUUAAAUAUGGUAGUUUUAAAGUGGAAAAAGUAAGUGGACCACUUUACCCCGUAGUUGGUGUAAAGUGGGACACAAGACCACUUUUUUAAAAACAAUCAUAUUUUCACUGCCCUUUGUCCUGAAGACUUCUGAUCAUUUCCAUUGAUAAAAAACAUCCUGAAUUAAUGGGAAAUGUGUAAAUUUUACUGAUGUAUCAGUUUAGCUCGCCUAGAGGGGAGCAAAUGUAAAAAAUGUCCCACAUUACCCGCUCUCCCCUACUGUUUUAAUAUUAAAGCUCAGUUUAUAUCUGCUUCUGUACUUAUAUUAGUUCUGAAUGGAAUAAAAUAUACCUUUACUCGUAACUGGCUCUUUCUCAUUUUACACAAAAUUUUAAAGUGUGUAAUUUUCUGCCUACACAUAAAACACAUUUUAUGUUUCAACGGUGGCUAAAUCAGUAGCUUCCUCUGAAGAAAGUAUUUGUGUGACACGUUGUGAGUUCUGUAUACAUUUAUUAUACAUCUUUUCCACACAGAAAUUUCUAUUUAUAAUAUUCUUUAAACGCUGCUUUUAUUCAUUUUCAUGAUAUAUUUGGAAUGUUUUUACUUUUUUUUGUGUAAAACACAUUGUAACCUAUUAAUGGGGGCUUUGUAUGAAUAAAGAAAUUAUUGUUUUUAUUAAAAAGUUUAUACAUUUUUAAUUA